GUGUGCAGCCCGUGUCUGGAGUCAGCACUGCUCAGGGUGAAGGUGAUGCCUUUACUCCAGUUGUACAAAAUGAGUGUGACGUGGUCAGCCAGACCUGGAGCUCAGCCUCACAGAGAGUCCAGCCUGCUGCUCUGAUGCCGAGAGGGAGGCAGAAAGUGCCACAUUCGGAUGCCCCCCUGGGCCUGCCCACCCGCCUCCGGCGGGAGCUAGCCGGGCUCUUCUUACUGGUCCCCUGGGUCAUGGGCCUGGCCGGGGCAGGUGGGCCUGCCACCCAGAGCACAGGGGGGCUCAGCUGGGCUGUGCACCUAGACAGCCCGGAAGGUGAGUGGGAAGACGAGAACCUGGCACAGCAGGCAGAGGCCGUGGCUCAGGCCGCGGGGCUGGUGAAUGCCGGGCGCAUCGGAGAGCUCCAGGGCCACUUCCUCUUCGUCCAGCCAACUGGGCACCAAGAGGCAGCGGAGGCGGAGGCCGCGCGGCAGCGGACGGAAGCCGUGCUGGCCGGGCACGCAGCCGUGCGCUGGCACUGCGAGCAGAGGCUGCUGAAGCGGGCCAAGCGCAGCAUCCACUUCAAUGACCCCAAGUUCCCACAGCAGUGGCACCUGAAUAACCGACGGAGCCCUGGCAGGGACAUCAACGUGACCGGCGUGUGGGAGCGCAACGUCACCGGGCGAGGGGUGACUGUGGUGGUCGUGGAUGACGGAGUGGAGCACACGGUCCAGGACAUCGCACCCAACUACUGCCCGGAGGGUAGCUAUGACCUCAACUCUAAUGACCCCGACCCCAUGCCCCAUCCAGACACGGAGAACGGUAACCACCAUGGCACGAGGUGUGCGGGAGAAAUCGCUGCCGUGCCCAACAACAGCUUCUGCGCGGUGGGCGUGGCCUACGGGAGCCGCAUUGCAGGCAUCCGGGUGCUGGAUGGACCGCUCACAGACAGCAUGGAGGCCGUGGCAUUCAACAAGCACUAUCAGAUCAAUGACAUCUACAGCUGCAGCUGGGGCCCAGAUGAUGACGGGAAGACAGUGGACGGCCCGCACCAGCUUGGAAAGGCUGCCUUGCAGCACGGAGUGAUGGCAGGCCGCCAGGGCUUCGGGAGCAUCUUCGUGGUGGCCAGCGGAAACGGGGGCCAGCACAACGACAACUGCAACUACGACGGCUACGCCAACUCCAUCUACACCGUCACCAUAGGUGCUGUGGACGAGGAGGGACGAAUGCCUUUCUACGCAGAGGAGUGUGCCUCCAUGCUGGCGGUCACCUUCAGCGGUGGGGACAAGAUGCUCCGGAGCAUCGUGACCACCGACUGGGACCUCCAGAAGGGCACGGGCUGCACCGAGGGCCACACGGGGACGUCGGCGGCCGCGCCCCUGGCAGCGGGCAUGAUCGCCCUCAUGCUGCAGGUGCGGCCCUGCCUCACGUGGCGGGACGUCCAGCACAUCAUCGUCUUCACCGCCACCCAGUAUGAGGAUCGCCGGGCAGACUGGCUCACCAACGAGGCGGGCUUCAGCCACAGCCACCAGCAUGGCUUCGGCCUGCUCAACGCGUGGAGGCUCGUCAACGCGGCCAAGAUCUGGACGUCCGUCCCUUACUUAGCUUCCUACGUCAGCCCCGUGCUGAAGGAGAACAAGGCUAUUCCGCAGUCCCCCCGCUCGCUAGAGGUCCUGUGGAAUGUCAGCAGGACGGACCUGGACAUGUCAGGGCUGAGGACGCUGGAGCACGUGGCCGUGACGGUCUCCCUCAGCCACCCCCGGCGCGGCAGCUUGGAACUGACGCUGUUCUGUCCCAGUGGCAUGAUGUCCCUCAUCGGCGCCCCCCGCAGCAUGGACUCGGAUCCCAAUGGCUUCAACGACUGGACCUUCUCCACCGUGCGCUGCUGGGGGGAAAGGGCACGAGGAACCUACCGACUGGUGAUCAGGGACGUGGGAGACGAGCCGCUGCAGGUAGGCAUCCUCCAGCGGUGGCAGCUGACCCUGUACGGCUCCGUGUGGAGCCCCGGGGACAUCAGGGACCGGCAGAGGCUGUUGGAAAGCGCCAUGAGCGGGAAAUACCUGCACGACGGCUUCGCUCUGCCCUGCCCCCCCGGGCUGAAAAUCCCCGAGGAAGACGGUUAUGUCAUCACGCCCAACACCCUCAAGACGCUGGUGCUGGUGGGCUGUUUCACCAUCUUCUGGACCGUGUACUACAUGCUGGAAGUGUACUUGAGCCAGAGGAACGCGGCUUCCGGCCCCGGGUGCGGCGGCCCCUGCCACUGGCCCCCCCGGAGGCGGAGACCCAGGGAGCAGGGCACGGAGCUGGAGUCCGUGCCUCUGUGCCACAGCAGGGCUGCGGACGGCACGGAGAUGGAGGGUGGGGGGCCUUCCUGUACCUCCGGCCCCCUCGGCCCAGGCCUGCGCCAGGAAGGGGACUGGAGCCCGUCCCGGAGCAGCCCCCCGCAGCCCCGGCCCCCCGACCUGCUGCAGGGAAAGGAGGCGCAGAUCUGCUGACCCCAGGGCCUGACGACUUCCCUGCGGGACGGGCUCGGCCACCCCCCCACCCG